UCAAAGUUACGAUAGGAUUUUUAAAAACCAAAGUUCAUGCGGACGAAGUCGCAAGCAUCAUCUAGGUACUAAUAAAUUGAUUUGAGGAAUUGGUGAGAUGGAUAAGUUAUGCAGAAGGCUGACGAUUCCCUUUGUUUGUUUGGACGCUGAACUAUGUUUAGACCCUAAGCCCCUCCUUCAAAAGUCCACAUGGAUAACAUGUUUUGUAUCCAGUACUUUAGGGGUGCAAGUUUCCACGGAUUAUCACUUGGAUAUCGGCAUUCCAACAGCGACUAGGAUCAAGGAAACGGAGGAUAAAAUCUUUGCUGGUGAAGGCACGAGUGGCAGCCGUAUUGUUGGAGGAAACAUUGCUCCUAUUGGCGCUCAUCCAUAUUUGGCUGGGCUGGUAAUCACAUUCCACAACCACCCUGGUCAGUCAGCCUGUGGAGCUACUCUGAUUAGUUCCAACAGACUAGUAACGGCCGCCCACUGCUGGGACACGCCCUCGUUACAAGCGAGUCAAUUCGUCGUAGUUCUGGGCUCAGAGUUCCUCUUCCGAGGAGGCAUCAGGGUACCCACCAAUCGCGUAGUGCUACAUCCUCAAUGGAGCCCUGCCAACCUUGGAAACGAUGUCGCUGUCAUCUACCUACCAACGAAUGUGGCUUUUAAUUGGAGGAUUCGACCAGUCGAACUACCCACUCAUAAUCUCUGGGAAAGUUUCUUUGGACAGAGCGCUACCGCUGCAGGAUACGGGUUAACUAGUGAUUCACAAACCGGAGUAUCAGUGAACUCCAUGGUCAGCCAAGUGUCCCUGCGAGUGAUAUCGAUCCCUCAGUGCCAGGCUGUGUUCGGCACUAACUUCGUACAGCAAAGCACGCUCUGCACCGACGGCAGCGGAGGCGUCGGCAUCUGCCGCGGCGACUCCGGCGGCCCGCUGGUGCUCAAACGCUUCGGACGGGAUAUCUUGAUCGGCGUGAGCUCGUUCGUUGCCAACAUCGGGUGCGAGCUCGGCUUCCCCUCGGCCUUCGCAAGAAUCACGAGCUUCUACGACUUCCUCCGCGAAAACAUGCAGUCUGGGAUUUUGGAUCGCUUGAUGAAAAUAUUAAUUGGUGUAAAAAUGCGUUUGUUUGCGCUUGUGUGCUUUAUAUCUGUGGUAGCCGCGUCUCCAGGCAGCCUGGAAGUGAUCAAGGAUUACCACAUAGAGAUAGGCAUUCCGUUAGCGACUAGGAUCAAAGCGGCCGAGGACGAAUUUUUUGCCAAACAAAACCAGAGCGGGAGUCGAAUCGUUGGAGGCUGGGAAGCGCCUCGGCACGCACAUCCGUACUUGGCAGGCCUUCUAAUCACCUUCUUCAACAACCCGGGCACAUCAGCCUGUGGCUCGUCCCUCAUAUCCUCUAAUCGACUGGUGACCGCGGCCCACUGCUGGGCUGGUGGGGCGAUACGAGCGAGGGAGUUCGUGGUGGUGCUGGGCUCCCACUUUCUGUUCUCUGGAGGCACCAGGAUCGCCACUAACCAUGUGGUGUUGCACCCUGGAUGGGAUGUGAAUAUGGCGUCUUUGGUUAACGAUGUAGCUGUCAUUUAUUUACCCACUCAAGUUGAAUACACAACACAGAUUCAACCAGUGAGCCUUCCACGCAACAUGUUGUGGGACAGUUUCGUGGGCCAAAUGGCUAUAGCAGCUGGAUUUGGGAAGACUAGUGAUUCUCAAAUCGGCGUCUCAGUGAACUCGUUCGUGAGCCAAGUGCACGUGCAAGUGAUCUCAGUGGCGCAGUGUCAGCGCGUGUUCGGCACCAACCACGUGCGGGACAGCACCAUCUGCACGGACGGGGUCGGCGGCAUCGGCAUCUGCGGAGGCGACUCCGGCGGCCCGCUCGUUGUUACACGGAAUGGUGAACAUAUCUUGGUUGGAAUCAGCUCUUUCGUGGCCGCGGCUGGCUGCGAGCUAGGCUUCCCGUCGGCCUUCGCCAGGGUUACGAGUUUCUACAAUUUCAUCUGGCAACAUUUGGAAUAUUGACUGUAAAACCGAAACUUGUGCAAGUUGAACUACCUAAUAAAGACUGUUGCAAU